AUGGGAGGAUACGAUCCCUUGGCUCUCCCGCAUUUCGAGUACAGCACCGUUCCUGGUUACUUCCUGCAAGACGACCCCGACACCGACCCCGCUGAUUUCGACUACGCAACAAGUGCAUUUGGCCUCAAAACGCAACCCUACGACACAGACGCCUCCUUCGACCCGCACCGCAACAAGACGCAAUGGGAACGCUUUGCAUAUAAACUGCACUCCCUAAACGUCCACGCGGACCCCGACACCGAAUUCAAGCUCCUCUACCUCGGCCGACAUGGCGAGGGAUUCCAUAACGUCGCGGAGCGACUCUAUGGGACUGAGGCGUGGGACCUCCUCCGCGAAACCCUAGGCAUCCACACCUGCGACCGCCGCUCCCCAACAUCCUACAUCCUCUCCACCUACCCAACCUACACCCUCGAACCGCAUUUCGCCCCCACCGACCCCCUCUGGACACCUGACCUGCGUGAGUCGAAUGCAGCGCGCGUGGUGCGGCUGCGCAACUUGCUCGAUGAUGUCGUGCGGGGGGUGUGGGGGCAGGGUGUGGAGUUUGUGUCGCUGACGGCGCACUCGGGGGCGAUUACGUCGUUAUUGGAAGUGGUGGGGCAUAGGGAGUUUCCGGUGGGGAUCGGGGGGGUUCUGCCGGCUUUUGUUAGGGUGGUGAGGAAGGGGGGUGCGGGGGCUAAGGGAGGGGAGGGGGAGGAGUCCAGGAGGGCGCCAGAGUGUUGGGAAGGGAUUUUGAGGAAUUGA